GAUCUUGUGGUAUAUAUAGAGUACCCGGCCACCACUGCUACACACAUCCUCCAGCCUCUUCCCUUGUGGUGUUCAUCUCUGUACAAGCCAGUUCUCUCCCUUGCUGCAUCAUGAAGCUGAUGACAUCUGUGUUAGUGACGGUGGUCCUGACCUUGCUGGUCGCCGGGACCUCUACCGCUGGCCCUGGCGGCUUCCCCUUCGAGAAGUGCUUCAGUGAAGCACAAAAACAGGAAUUCAAGAAACAGCUCUGCACUGAUCUGGGACAGACUGAAGAUUUUUGCAAGAGUAAUAAGCAACUACUCAAGAACUGCAAGAAUCAAAUCAUGAGCGGCCCUAACGCCCAAUCCAUCAUUCAAGCCUCUGUCACCUGUCUGCAGACAGUGGCAAAUAUUACCGUCCCGGCUGCCAACACAGGUACGGGCGAACUUUUCAAGCAGUUCAUGAAAACAGUCGUGGCCAAUAAUCAGGAUUUGUGCUCCAAGGGUCAAGACAUCAUGACCUGCUUCAAGCAGAAUACGGGCAUGGCUCAGCUGAUGAAGGACUGCAUAGCAAAAGCUGGCAAAUAAAUGACCCCAUCGAGACGUCCAAUACCACAGAGAGAUCUCGAACACCACAGACAUGUCCAACUCCAGAAAGUCGUCAAACACCACAGAGACGUCUGAAGAGCAUCAUAACUCGUUGUAGAACUUCUGAAGAAAACUUAAGAAUUUCCCGACUACCUUUCCUGAAUUACCGGAGAAAACAAUUAAUUUUGAGUUCGACAAAAUAGAAAUGAACAGUGAGAAUAACGCCUUCAGAACAACACCAACAGCCAUCGUAACACCACCAACAACAAUGACAUCAACACCAUGCUGGGCUGGAGGCUUCUCCCUGCUGGGCCGGAGGCUACUAUAUCUGCUGCAUAUAUUUAUCUUUUAAAAUUACAUUACUUUAAACAAAAUUUGAAAUAUGUAAUUCAUAAAUCCAAUUUACUUGUGUUUCUGAUUAAAUAAAUUAAUUGA